GGCUCCAGGGGUGGCCCUGGGAGCCGCUCGCCCAGCCCUCUGACGGGAUGAAGCCUUUAGGGGGAUGCGGAGCUCUUUGCAUUUUGAUUAAAGCCCCUCACCUCCCCUCAGUCUGAAGGCAGGGCACCGGGGAGGACGGGUCGGAGGGGCCUGUGCAAGGCCGGGCAGAGCGGGAGAGGGGCGAGAGAGAAAACCUUCUCUCCGUUUAUCACGUAUGGCUCUAUAGGAGAAGUCAUCUCUGGGAAUAUAGUGGAAAGGACGGAGCAGGUAUAAACUGAAGGCGCCCGCGUUUAAUUCACAUUUGUGGGUGCCCAGCAUGGAGAUGCAGAGAUGGUUCACAAGGUGGAAAACGAGAAGGUGGCCCUGGGACUCGUCUGUAACCGUGCUCAUCACCUUCGCUUUCCUUCUUCGGGCUGCAGAGGUCAGAGGAGCUGAACCCGUUGAUGUGCUAAAAGCAUUAGAAUUUCACAAUUCUCCAGAAGGAGUAACAAGAACAGCAGGAUUUUGCACAAACAGAAGGAAUUCAAAAGGAUCGGAUGUUGCUUACAGGGUUUCAAAAACUGCACAGCUGAGUGCCCCAACAAAGCAGCUGUACCCAGGUGGAAGUUUUCCAGAAGAUUUUUCAAUAUUAAUGACAGUAAAACCUAAAAAGGGUAUUCAGUCUUUCCUUUUGUCUAUCUACAAUGAACAAGGAAUUCAGCAAGUAGGUGUUGAAGUUGGUAGAUCCCCUGUCUUCCUGUUUGAAGAUCAAAAUGGAAAACCUGCCCCAGAAGACUAUCCUCUUUUCAGAACAGUCAACAUCGCUGAUGGCAAGUGGCAUCGAGUAGCUAUCAGCGUGGAGAAAAAGACUGUUACAAUGAUUGUUGACUGUAACAAAAAAACUACAAAACCACUUGACAGAAGUGACAAAACAGUUGUGGACACCAAUGGUAUCACUGUCUUUGGAACCAGGAUUCUGGAUGAAGAAGUUUUUGAGGGUGAGAUCCAGCAGCUGUUGAUUAUAGCUGAUCCCAGAGCUGCAUUUGACUAUUGUGAGCAUUAUAGCCCAGACUGUGACUCCCCAGUGCCCAAUGCUGCUCAGGCUCAAGAUCCUCGAGUUGAUGAGAAAAAGAAAGCCAUGGUCAAAAAGAAGAAGAGGACAGUGGCCGCUAGCUCAAAGGACAAACCUCAAAAGGCCACAACAAAAAAAUCUGAAAAAUAUGCAUCCAAGAAGAAGAAAAGUUAUCAAGCAGCAGCAAAAGGCAAACUAGGGGUAAAGGCCAACCUUAUUGAUGGAUUUCAAGAUUAUAGCAUAGCUGAAAAUGACUACGGGCCCCAGACAGAAGCUCCUUCCAGAGCUACUGAAGCAAAUGAGCAAAAUCCUGUUGAAGAAGUAUUUGCUGAAGAAUACAUAACUGGAGAGGAUUAUGAUAAAAAAACUGAGGCAACUGAAUAUGGAAGCAGAGGAGUAGACCUCAGUGAAUCUGAUCUGCUGGUAGAUGGAGAUUUAGGAGAAUAUGAUUUUUAUGAAUAUAAAGAAUAUGAAGAGAAACCAACUGAUUCCACUAAUGAGGAGUUUGGUCCAGGUGUUCCUGCAGAGACCGAUAUCACAGAAACAAGCGUGACAGGACAUGGGGCUUAUGGAGAAAAAGGCCAAAAGGGAGAACCAGCUGUGAUUGAACCUGGUAUGCUCAUUGAAGGACCACCGGGACCAAGAGGACCUGCUGGUCUUACAGGUCCCCCAGGUUUACAAGGUCCUGUUGGUCCUCCAGGUGACCCUGGUGAAAGGGGUCCACCAGGUCGCCCUGGUCUUCCUGGUGCUGAUGGUUUAGCAGGUCCCCCAGGUACCAUGUUAAUGUUGCCGUUCCGCUUUGGUGGAGAUGGUGAGAAGGGCCCAACAAUCUCUGCUCAGGAAGCUCAAGCACAAGCUAUUCUUCAGCAAGCUAGGAUUGCUAUGAGAGGUCCACCUGGUCCUAUGGGACUCACUGGAAGACCAGGUCCUGUGGGUGGACCUGGAGCAGCAGGUGCUAAGGGUGAAAGUGGUGAACCAGGACCCCAGGGUCCUCGUGGUGUCCAAGGUGCCCCUGGUCCAAGUGGAAAAGCUGGCAAAAGGGGACGUCCUGGAGCUGAUGGUGCCAGAGGAAUGCCAGGAGAACCUGGUGCAAAGGGUGACAGAGGAUUUGAUGGUCUUCCUGGCCUCCCUGGUGACAAAGGUAACCGGGGAGACCGUGGCCCACAGGGACCUCCUGGCUUACCUGGUGAAGAUGGAUCAAGAGGAGAAGAUGGGGAAGUUGGACCAAGAGGUCUCCCAGGUGAAGCUGGUCCACGGGGAUUACUUGGCCCCAGAGGAACACCUGGGCCCCCUGGACAACCUGGCAUUGCAGGUAUUGAUGGACCUUCAGGCCCAAAGGGAAACAUGGGUCCUCAAGGGGAACCAGGACCUCCUGGUCAGCAAGGAAUUCCAGGCCCACAAGGGCUUCCUGGUCCUCAAGGUCCUAUCGGGCCUCCUGGUGAAAAAGGACCCCAAGGCAAGCCUGGCCUUCCUGGCCUUCCUGGUGCUGAUGGGCCUCCUGGUCACCCUGGCAAAGAGGGUCAGUCUGGAGAUAAAGGUGCAUUGGGGCCUCCAGGUCCUCAGGGUCCAAUUGGAUAUCCAGGUCCUCGUGGUGUAAAGGGUGCUGAUGGUGUACGUGGACUCAAGGGAUCCAAAGGUGAAAAGGGUGAAGAUGGUUUUCCAGGAUUUAAGGGUGACAUGGGUCUUAAAGGUGAUCGGGGAGAAAUUGGUCAGCCGGGCCCACGAGGAGAAGAUGGCCCAGAAGGUCCAAAAGGUCGAGCGGGUCCAUCUGGGGACCCAGGUGCUGCUGGUCCUGCUGGGGAAAAGGGCAAGCUUGGCGUACCUGGAUUGCCAGGAUAUCCAGGAAGACAAGGUCCAAAGGGCUCAACUGGUUUCCCAGGAUUUCCAGGUGCUAAUGGAGAGAAGGGUGCAAGGGGGUUGCAUGGCAAACCAGGCCCUAGAGGACAGCGAGGACCAACAGGUCCAAGAGGCUCAAGAGGUCCCAGAGGUCCCACUGGUAAACCAGGUCCAAAGGGCACUUCAGGCAAUGAUGGUCCUCCUGGCCCACCAGGCGAAAGGGGACCACAAGGGCCUCAGGGACCGGUUGGAUUCCCCGGACCGAAGGGACCUCCAGGUCCACCUGGAAAAGAUGGCUUGCCUGGGCACCCAGGACAGCGGGGUGAGACUGGUUUUCAAGGAAAAACUGGUCCUCCUGGUCCUGGUGGUGUUGUUGGCCCUCAGGGUCCUACUGGUGAGACUGGACCAAUUGGUGAAAGAGGCCAUCCAGGUCCUCCUGGUCCCCCAGGUGAACAAGGCCUGCCAGGUGCUGCAGGAAAAGAAGGUGCUAAGGGUGAUCCAGGCCCUCAAGGCAUUCCUGGGAAAGAUGGACCAGCAGGUCUUCGUGGUUUCCCUGGAGAGAGAGGCCUUCCAGGUGCUCAGGGUCCAGCUGGUCUGAAAGGAGGGGAAGGCCCACAGGGUCCACCUGGCCCAAUGGGCUCGCCGGGCGAGCGCGGGGCCGCGGGCACCGCUGGUCCCAUCGGGCUGCCGGGCCGGCCCGGCCCCCAGGGGCCCCCGGGCCCCGCCGGGGAGAAGGGUGCUCCGGGUGAAAAAGGUCCCCAAGGUCCAGCUGGACGUGAUGGAAUACAGGGUCCUGUAGGACUUCCUGGUCCUGCUGGUCCUAGUGGUUCUCCUGGAGAAGAUGGUGACAAGGGUGAAAUUGGUGAACCAGGUCAGAAAGGUAGUAAAGGUGACAAAGGAGAAAACGGUCCUCCGGGUCCCCCAGGUCUGCAGGGUCCCGUGGGAGCCCCAGGGAUAGCUGGAGGUGAUGGUGAGCCAGGCCCAAGAGGUCAGCAAGGGAUGUUUGGGCAAAAAGGUGACGAAGGUCCCCGAGGCUUCCCUGGGCCCCCUGGCCCCAUUGGCUUACAGGGUUUGCCUGGCCCACCAGGUGAAAAAGGUGAAAAUGGAGAUGUAGGCCCAAUGGGUCCACCUGGCCCACCAGGUCCCAGAGGUCCCCAGGGUCCUAAUGGAGCUGAUGGUCCUCAAGGUCCUCCAGGCUCAAUUGGCUCUGUUGGAGGUGUUGGUGAAAAGGGUGAGCCUGGAGAAGCUGGUAACCCUGGACCUCCUGGAGAAUCUGGAACAGCUGGUCCAAAAGGUGAAAGGGGAGAAAAAGGUGAAGCUGGUCCACCUGGAGCAGCCGGACCACCAGGUGCUAAAGGACCUCCAGGUGAUGAUGGGCCUAAGGGUAACCCAGGCCCAGUUGGUUUUCCUGGAGAUCCUGGCCCCCCUGGGGAACCUGGUCCAGCUGGUCAGGAUGGUGUUGGUGGAGAGAAGGGUGAAGAUGGUGAUCCUGGUCAACCUGGUCCACCAGGUCCUUCAGGUGAAGCUGGCCCACCUGGUCCUCCUGGGAAAAGAGGACCUCCUGGAGCAACAGGUGCUGAAGGCAGACAAGGUGAAAAAGGUGCAAAGGGUGAACCUGGUGCAGAAGGGGCUCCUGGAAAAACAGGGCCAGUUGGGCCACAGGGACCUGCAGGGAAACCUGGCCCAGAGGGUCUCCGGGGCAUUCCUGGCCCUGUGGGAGAACAAGGUAUGCCUGGAGCACCAGGUCAGGAUGGCCCUCCUGGACCUCUGGGUCCACCUGGCUUGCCUGGACUGAAAGGAGACCCAGGUUCCAAAGGAGAGAAGGGACAUCCUGGUUUGAUUGGCCUGAUUGGACCUCCAGGAGAACAGGGUGAAAAGGGUGAUCGGGGUCUUCCUGGCCCCCAGGGAUCUCCUGGAGCCAAGGGUGAUGCAGGAAUUUCUGGUCCUGCUGGUCCCCUUGGACCCCCUGGUCCUCCUGGAUUACCUGGUCCCCAGGGUCCCAAAGGUUCCAAAGGAUCCAGUGGUCCUGCUGGUCAGAAGGGUGACAGUGGCUUACCUGGUCCACCUGGUCCUCCAGGCCCUCCAGGUGAGGUAAUCCAGCCACUGCCAAUCCAGUCAGCCAAGAAGACAAGAAGAUCUCCUGACUAUAUGUUAUCUGAUGCCGGUGACAAUAUUCUGGAUUAUUCCGAUGGCAUGGAGGAGAUCUUUGGCUCCCUGAAUUCCCUGAAGCAAGACAUUGAGCACAUGAAGUUUCCCAUGGGCACUCAGAAUAACCCAGCCCGGACCUGCAAAGAUCUGCAGCUGUGCCACCCCGACUUCCCCGACGGGGAAUAUUGGAUUGAUCCUAACCAAGGCUGUUCUGGAGACUCCUUCAAAGUAUAUUGCAAUUUCACAGCUGGUGGAGAAACUUGCAUCUACCCAGAUAAGAAAUCUGAAGGAGUCAGAAUUUCAUCGUGGCCAAAGGAGAACCCAGGAUCUUGGUUCAGUGAAUUUAAGCGAGGCAAACUUCUUUCCUAUUUGGAUGUUGAAGGCAAUUCCAUUAAUAUGGUCCAAAUGACAUUCCUUAAACUACUGAGUGCCUCUGCCAGACAAAAUUUCACUUACAACUGUCACCAGUCUGUAGCCUGGCACGAUGCACCCUCUGACAGCUAUGACAAAGCACUAAGGUUCUUAGGAUCCAACGAUGAAGAAAUGUCUUACGACAACAAUCCUUACAUCAAAGCUCUCCAUGAUGGCUGUGCAUCAAGAAAGGGCUACGGAAAGACGGUGCUGGAAAUCAACACACCCAAAAUAGACCAAGUGCCCAUAGUUGAUGUGAUGAUCAAUGACUUUGGUGAUCAGAACCAGAAGUUUGGAUUUGAGGUCGGUCCUGUCUGCUUCCUUGGUUAAGCUUAAGACAAAAUCAGAUCAACACAAGUGCUGCACUUUGGUGCUACCAACCCACUUCAUGCCACAUGCAAGUUUUGAAUAAGGAUGGCAUAGAAAAUGUCUUGCUGUGUAUGUAUGUCUUAUCUAGAAAGUAAUCGUUGCCCUUGUAGGGCCAGAAUCACAUGACUUAAACUUAUUUUGCAAAGAUGCUGUGGCACAGACAGACAACAUAGGGCUCACUUCAGGAACACCCCCUUUGGAUUCCUCUGGUGCUGUAAAAAAACCAACGACAAUGGUGCUCCUUCCAUUACAACAAAGAGGUGUUUAGAAAGUGUUUAAUAUAAACUGUAAUUAUUCUAUGUACAGUACUAUACUGUGAUUUCUCUGUCCACUUCCGAAACUUGCAUGUGUCUCUGAAUUGCAUCUGGCUCUUACUUUACAAUUACAAACUACAUUGUCAAUACUGUGUAUGUAUUCUGAAAAAAAUAAAACUGUAAUUGCCAGUGAAGCCAAUUCCAUUUCUGAUUAAUAAUAAAAUCCCUUUGUAUAUAUUGUUGUUGAAGAGCUUUGUUAUUUGAAGUCGCCAGUAAAAUUAAGGUGGCAAAACUGGAAGAGCUUGAGCAGCACACUCAAACAACUCCCUUCUGCUGAUAUCACUCUGUGACAAUGAAUUUAGGUGAUGAAAUGAAAGCACUUUCAAAGGUGCUGUGUUCCAUGGUGCUAUACCUCAGACUUUUUAUUUUCUAUUCUAAUUCCAUAAUUUCAUAAGAUAACUGUAUAUACCUAAAAUAAACAAGUUUAUAUUUUUGGGUGGGGAAAACAUGUAAGAAAAAAAACAAACUUCUGUGUUAGAGGACUGUUUAAAAUCUGUGAAAUAAAUUAGUCAUAUCGCUUUC